CCCCCGGGGGAGUCGCGGCGCGGGCCCGCGGGCCGGCGCGUCUGCGCAGCUCCCACAUGGCUUCAGUAUAUAAACAUGGCCGUGCCGGCAGCGGGUGGGCAGUGGCGGACAGGCGGUUUCGGGAGUAAUCACCCGAGUAAACGGAUUUCUUGUUACUUCAGCAAAUGAAAUACGAGAAGAUGACAACCUCGGAUGUAACAGUCAACCAUUUGGAAAUAACAAAAAUCCAAGGGGAAGUACGCCAAACAAGUCAGGGUGACAGCGACGUGACGCCUAGCAUCUCAGUGAAUGAAGCUUCGUGUCAGUCGAAUGGAAACGUUAAUGUCAGCGGGUUCAAAGCUGGGCUUGUGCAGGCGCACCAGAUGACCCCAGAUGCUGCUGAUGUCCGAGGAGUUUUGAAUGGGCAUGUAGCUGCUGCAUCAGCUCCUGCAGAGGCAGAGCCUGUCACAAGUAUCUCGAACCCUAGCCAGACUCUUGCCGCCAGCACCUAUACAGCACAGCCUGCGGUCAAGCCUUCACCUGCUGCCUCUGUAGUGAAUUCGGCCCCUGCACAAAAGUCCGCUAUUGCCCCUGGUCAGGUAACUCUGAAUAUUAUAAAUCCUUCGGCAGCAGUGCAAGCACCUCUCAGCAGCACGGCAUCCAAGAUGGCACUAGGUGCGAGCCAGCUUGUCAUGAGCUCACCGGCUGUCAUAAGCACUAAAAUAAUUCAAGGCAGUUCUGCAGUGGCAGGUAUAAGCAGCCAGCCCGUGUUUACGGUCAGCCCCCCAAGCCAGGCCAGGGUGACCAUCAGUUUGGCGCCUGCGCCUCGCCCUGGAGUGCCCGCGGUGACCUCUGGUGCGCCUGCGCCUCGCCCUGGAGUGCCNGCGGUGACCUCUGGGGCGCCUGCGCCUCGCCCUGGACUGCCCGCGGUGACCUCUGGGACGCCUGCCUCGAAGGUGAGCAGGCUUGUCACCUUCACUCAGACACCAGGGAAAGGGGCAGCAGCAACACCGAAGGCCAAUGGAGCACCUUGGACUCCACAGACCACGACUGUCCAGCUGCCUGCCAAUUUCCAGAUCCCUCAAGGGAUGGUGCUCAUCAGAAGCGAUGGUGGGCAGCUCAUGCUGGUAUCUCAACAGGCCUUGGCCCAAGCUCAAGCACAGGGGCUGGGGCUCCCCAGGACAGCGGCCUCGACCAGCUCCACCACCGCCAGGGCACCUGCGACUCAGACCACUGUAACGGCGAUCAUCAGAAAGCCGGAGACUACGUCUGUAGCCAAAGCCCAGCCUCAGCACAGUGGGGCUGCUGUGACCUCCUUACAGAGGAUUCCACUCGUAAAGUCGACAGGGGGCACCGCUGCUGCUGUUACAUCGGUUCAGGCAAUAAGGCCCACAGCACCCACGCCGCCUGCCCCACCGGCUGUCCCUGCGACCACGCCUUUCACAGCAGAGCUGUCCAAACCCACCCCAGCUGCACAGAGCACCUUUUCGGCUGAGACUCUGGAAAAUGUGAAGAAGUGCAAGAACUUUCUUGUGACCUUAAUUAAGCUGUCUUCCAGUGGAGCUCGCUCUGCAGAAAUGGCACAGAAUGUCAAGGAGCUGGUGAAAGAUCUGCUGGAUGGGAAAAUUGAGCCGGAGGAGUUCACGGAACGACUGUACACUGAGCUGAAGUCUUCUCCCCAGGGAUAUCUAGUGCCUUUUCUCAAGCGAAGUGUGCCAGCCCUGCGCCAGCUGACGCCCAGCUCGCAGCUCUUCAUCCAGCAGUGCGAGCAGCAGAAGCCGGAGGCGGCGAGCGUCACUCCCCCGGCAGCGGCGGUGAAGCCGGCUCCUGCGACGCCCGCCAAGCCUGCCCCGUUGGUGCUCCAGCAAACUAGAGGGGUUGUGAUAAAGCAACCAUUUGCCACUGUACAACCACAGUCAGCUGCACUUCUUCAAACUAGAGUUCUCCAGAAGCCUCCUUUGACUGCAGCAUUUCAGACAAGUUUGCAACAAACAGGUACUGUUGUAAAACAGGCCUUAUUUCAUAAACCGAAUAUCAUCAAUGUGCAGACCUCCCUUGUCCAGAAAACCAGCUUCAAGGAGAACAGCUCGGCCACUUUCAGGGAUGAAGAUGACAUUAAUGAUGUGGCUUCAAUGGCUGGUGUCAACCUCAGUGAGGAAAACGCUCGUAUCUUAGCGACCAAUUCCGAGCUUGUGGGAUCGAUUAUAAGAUCCUGCAGGGAUGAGCCCUUUCUGCUAACAGCUAUCCUACAGAAGAGGAUUUUGGAGACUGGUAAGAAAUAUGGCAUUUCGGAUGUCACGUUGGAUGUUGUGAGUCUUGUCUCCCAUGCCGCACAGGAGCACCUGAGGGAGCUGAUAGAAAAGCUGACAGUCAUUGCACAUCAUCGCAAGAUAACGUACAAGGAUGACGGAUAUGUACAACAGAGUGACACUCGUUCUCAGCUGAAGUUUCUCGGGCAGCUGGACCGUUUGGAGAAACAAAAGAGAGAUGAGGAGGAAAGAGAAGUGCUCUUACGAGCUGCAAGAAGUCGGUCCAAUAAAGAAGAUCCAGAGCAGCUGAGGCUGAAACAGAAAGCCAAAGAGAUGCAGCAGCUGGAACUGGCUCAAAUGCAGCAGAGAGAUGCAAAUCUGACAGCACUGGCAGCUAUUGGGCCCAGGAAGAAGCGGCCCCUAGAUUCUCAAGUCAAUGGAUCUGGAAGCGAGGGCUCCUCCGGGCUGUCUGCCGUUCCAAAGUCUUGGCUCCUUCAGCGAACCACAAGGGCCAGUCUCAGGGAUCUCCUGUUCUGCAUGGAGCAGCAGCCAUCACUGCGGCACUCACUCGCCCUCUACCGUGCCUUGCUCAAGUAGCAACUUUCAAGCACAGCUGCUGCCAACGAAGCUAAACAGCUGGGUUGCACUAUUCCGAGUUCCAGUUGUUAUUUUAUAUGCUGUACAAUGUUUACAUGCAAUAUAUGCACAGUGUCUGCAGCUGUUUUUCUGUUGUUCUUUUGCCAUCUUGAAUAUGUCUCAAGUACAAGAUGACUUCACUUUGUUUUCUAUACUAUUCAUGUAACUUGAUAAAAAGCUUUUUUUUAACCAAGAUUGUAUCUGCUCUAUGCAGAAGAGCAAGUCCAUUAGGUAUUUUGCAAGUAUAAGAUUAGCUUUUCUACAAAUACUCAAAUACUUUUUUUGUUUUCAGUCGUAAAAUAAGGAGGAGGCAACACUGAUUUUUGAAAAGAAUUUGUGCUUUUGGCAGUGGGGAAUUUGCUCUACAAGACCAUCAAUAUUUCGAAUCUCAGAUUUGAUUUUUUUUAAAUUGUCUAGAUCUUUGUUCAGGAUGAUCAGGACUCCUGUCAUAAUCUGAACCUUUGUUUCUGAACAUAUCUUUAAGGAGGAUUUUAAAAUCAGUGUUAAUAUUUUUGUCCAUUUUUACAAUUUAAAAGUAUUGUGAGUCAAAGAAAAUAAGAAAUUUGGCAGUGCCUGCAUAGUAUUAGUAGACUACAUAUAUACUGUAAAGAAAAUGAUACUGAUUUCAUAAUAAAUUGUAGGAUUGUUUCCCAUGAUUUUUUUGCAUUUUAAUCAUUUUUUUAUUUUGACCCACUGUUAAAUAGAGAUUAUAUGAUGGUUAAGAUUAUUUCUGAAUUCCGGCUCCUGUUUGGCCAGUGGAAGACAAAUUAUUUGUGUUUCCAUAAGGGAUACGCAUAAGGUACGAGAACAAAAAACGUUUCAGUGGCGAUUUAAUUAAUUUGAAUUUGUUCCUAUUUUUCUCACAUGAGAAAGUGCUGCAGAAAUAUUUGAAAAGACUUUCACCCAGGUGAAAUUAACAUAGUUAAUUACUAUGAAUGACGUCAUUUAACGUGUUAAAAGUUAACAUUGAUGUUAAAAGUUAGCUUGACAUUUAGCAAUGUUAUGUUAAGAUGUUAAGAAACUUCCUGAAAUGAUAUCUAGACUUUGACAAUUAUUUAAACCAAAUCUGGGUGUUUCUAGACUGUAUUUGUUGUUUUUUCUUCCAUGUCAGGGAAGACUACUCUUGUAUGUCUUUGUAUGCAGGAGUGGUGGUGUUUAUGCUGUUGACUGUUAAUUCAACUGUUUUUUGUUAGUCUUAUGAAUUUCAGUUGAUCAAUUACUGAAGUAUGCACUUGAAAUCUAUUUUGGGAUUUAAAAUUUGUUGAAUAAACUGUUUUCUAAGAUUUG